AUGGAAGAAAAAAACCAGAAGAAAGGCCAGAAGACAUUUCUCACGUGUGGCAUUAUUACUGGAACCAACCGCAUGUUUAUGGGAAAGAGAGCUGGUCUGGCUGCUGAGCUUAUUGUCAAGCUUGCAAAUCAGCCACAAUGUUCUUGGGCAUGGCAGGGUGUCCGGCUUUACUGUCAAGAUGUUUCCUCCACUGUGGCCAGACUGUGGUAUCAAUUUCCGGCCGUGCGAGAUGUGACCUUCUGCCCCGCCAAACGGGUCCUGACCCUAAUCUCCUGCCUUCAAAAGGCUAUAGAUGGGAUUCACGAAUUAGGGGUGUACAAGUACUCGAUUCUCAUCGAGUACCGGAGUGUUUACCUCCAAGCCGAUGGUGGCUAUUCGUACUUUGAUCCAUCGAGAAAUGCCUUCUAUUUUAAAGAAAAGAUUGUUUUGCAGAAAGCAAAAAUAAUCAAUGAGUUUUUGUGGACUUCUUUUUCUCUUUCAGAUUUUUCCAUUAUGUUGCUGGUGGAAGGCGGCCGGUUGUCGAACACAGAUACGUAUCAGGACAUGGUGUUGGUGGCAUUCGGGCGUCCGGGGUUUUACAUACUCACGGUGCUGCAGUUCCUCUACCCGUUCAUAGCGAUGGUAAGCUACAAUGUGAUCAUCGGAGAUACUAUAACCAAGAUCAUCGUAUGGAUAGGGGGAGAAAGCCCGUCUCUGCUGCAUUCCGUGUUGGGCAACCGACAGUUCAUCAUAACAGUGGUCACGGCUCUGGUCACACUCCCGCUGUCUCUGUACAAGAACAUCGCUAAAUUAGGCAAGUGGGCGUUCCUUUCUAUAAUCCUCAUUCUUUUCAUCAUGGUGGCCGUCAUCAUUCGCCUGAGCACAUUCAUUGGAAAACUUUCCCCAACAGGUGACGCUUGGGAGUUUGCCAACUACAACUUGUCCCAAGCUGUGGGUAUCAUGGCAUUUGCUUACAUGUGUCACCACAACACGUUUUUGAUCCACUCGUCCAUGGAGAACCCAACACAGCGUCGAUGGGGCUUUGUGACACAUUUCAGUGUGCUCUUCUCCAUGGUCAUGUGCCUGGUGCUGGGUAUCUCGGGAUACGCCUCCUUCACGGGAAACACAGAGGGUGACCUGAUGGAGAACUACUGUCGUGGAGACGUCCUCAUGAACCUGGCCCGUCUAAGUUUUGCGAUUACCAUCAUGCUGACAUAUCCAGUCGAGUGCUUUGUCACCAGGGAGGUGGUGGAGAAUGCUGUGUUCCCUUCCAAUCCCGAGGCCCCAAUGUGGCGUCAUGUGACGGUCACCAUGUGCAUUGUGGGGCUCACAGCCGCAGUCUCCAUGGCAACAGACUGCCUUGGCAUUGUCCUGGAACUCAACGGCGUCUUGGCUGCAGCCCCGUUAGCUUAUAUCUUCCCUGCAGCCUGUGUGAUUCGGCUACGACAGGAAGCCCUUUUCUCCCGCCGUAAUAUCGCACCCAUCUUGCUCCUGGCCUUUGGCGUGCUGGUGGCUGUAGUUGGCUUUGUUAUGGCCAUGAUCAACCUGGUCAGUGGCGCCAGCUGCUCGCACGGCCGGGAGCCCAGCUACUGUCUCUCUGAGCCGGACAACGCCACUCUCAGCACGUCCACCACACACGCCACAAGCCGGGCCCUCAAAGGGGGAUCUCUAGUGGACACACUUUUCUAGUGCAAAGACUUUGGCUGAGAAUUCUGUAAAUUUAACUAGGUCUUUAUUAAAAUAAAGGGCUGGGUGAACCAUUA